GAGUGAGCACCGGUGGCGCAUCCACAACCGCUGUGUCCAUUCAAAACAGUCGGCAUUGUACAAGUGCAAGUCACGCACACGGAUGUACUGGCCUUGAGGCAGUCAGGAUACUUUGCACAAGCAGUUUGAAAGCAUUACAUUUGGAAGUUGAAGGGAUUACACUUGUAUGGAGUGAGGUGCUGCUGCAGUAAUGGAGCUCAGCAGGGGAGAAGUGCCACUUUAUGGUCAGGUGGAGGUCUGUGUGAAGCUGCAGGUGUCGCAGAGUGUUCAGGAAGAAGCUAACUACCAUGUGGUCCUUGUGGGCUCAUCUCUUCACCAUGUAACCACAGCUCACAGGGCCGAGGAUCAAGGCUCAAUUAAAUUCACUGUGCCUGGCCACGAUGUUCCAGAGAAAGUAUCUGUGGAGGUUUACUGCUGUUCGAGGGACAGCGGGAGUCCCAUCAGCCUCCUCUGCAAUUCAGGACAGCUCUCUCUGGAGUACAUAUGGGAUGAGGCACAAGAGGUGGCGGAGCAGCUCAUGAACUUGACAUCCAGCAGCUAUCAGGAUAUCCUAAGGAAAUUCUGCCCAGAGAAAAUGUUUUCAUCUGAGACUAACCGUUUAGACCAGACUGGCCAGCAUGGGACAGAUGGGGUUUGCGAUCCAAAGGAAUUAUUUCGAUUGGAAAGCCUAGCAGAACAGGGGCUCAGUAUUUGUGAACAGGGGAAUUUCAGCCAGAGAGAAGCCUCAGGAACAUCAGAGUUUAAUCCAGAGCACAGAUGCACAGUGGGACAACACAGUGCAGUUGAUGAAAAAAUCACACAGGCCCUGGCUAACUUGCACUUUCUGGGAUGGGACAGCCAAGCUGGACAGGAGAAGCAAGAUCUCCUUUCCAGGGCAACGCCUCUACAUGUGGCUAUACAUAUGGGGUUCCCCCACCUCAUUCACUUCCUCCUCCUGGAGUCUGAAGGUCAGAGGAUGGUUCCCAUAGUCGACAAGGAAGGCCAUAGUCCUCUCACGCUGGCUCAGAAGCGCGGAGACCUGACGCUCAUCAGCGCUCUAACAGAUCCCUCGAGUUGCAGUGCAUGGAGGCCAGUGUGGAUGUAUCAGAUAUGGACAGACGGCUCUCACCAGCUUCGUAUCUGCCCUGUCACCGAAUCUAUUAGUCUGACUGUGAAUAACAGCACAUAUAUAGAUGCACAGCACAGUAUCCAGCUGUACAGAGAGAAGAGCAGAGAGCCAGAUGCACUUGCAAGGGUGGGGCGACUGAGUGAGCCGUCAGAAGAGCGCAUGCACAGGUCUGAUGUAUGUGAUACAGAUUUGAACAGCCAACUGAGAAUCGAGGAUGAAGCCCUGGUGGAUAGUGUCUUUGAAGAACAGCUUGUUCUCUGUCUGGAUGAAGAGGACGAAGAUCUAAACACAUUUAACUCAGAGAAGCUGUGUUCCUCUCCUGGCUCCUGCACUCCAUUUCACCUUCAUUCCUCAGACACUGCUGCUGUCAGGCUCACAGCCAUGCUCAGAGGCUCCGCUAAGGACAAUGAUCUCGAUAUGAAGUAUGCUGUUUCAGGUGUCACAGAGGACAGCUCUGGGACAGAUAGUGGUGUGUGGCGAAUGUCAGAUACGGGGGUCUUGUCACCAGGGACUGUAGAUAUGCCUCCAGCUGUUAAAGAUGAUGAAGGGCAGAGAGGACGGCAACAUGCUUCUCAUUCUUUCUCUUCCACCUCUCCUGCGGGACUGAUGCUGGAUAGACUCAUGCGUGCCACACGACCUGCUGAAUUUACAUAUAACAGCUCAAGCUCACCUACAGAGUCAUGUGACCUAAGCCCGAGUCUGGUGGCCUUGGAAAUGGACAGCGAGGAGGAUGAUGAUGAUGACAUUUUAAUGAAGAAGCCCCUCCCCCAGCCACAGCCUGAGCUCAAAAACAGCGCAGAUGAUCGGAUUAUGUUUAAGCCCGCCCCUGAUCUUACCUGCACGCGUUCUCACUCCGCCUCCUCUGCCUGUAACCCCACCCCUGCAAAGGAUAUUGAGCAGGGCAUCCGUCUUCGUUCAUAUUCCUACACCUCCCCCAAAAUCAGCCUGCUGCCUCCACGAUUCAGUAGGGAUGCGAACCCUCCACCUACUGACCUCAACCAGGAUGGCGCCCUCUCCAGCAACAGUGGGAGCAGGUCUCUACUACAGGCACUGUCUCUGUCUAAAUCUCUGUCUCUGCUCAACCCUGUUAAACAUCGUGCCUGCAGCACAUCAGAGCAGCCUCAAGAGAAAAGGGAGUUAAGGUUUCGUAGACGUGCUCAGUCAGCUGACGAUGAGACCAGCGCAGAGCUGGCCAACUCCCUCCAACACCUCACGCUGUCCGAAUUCCUCAAAGAGAUUGAGGAAGAGGAAUGGGACAAAUAUAUCAUCCCUUCCAAAACAGAGUCAGAAAAAUACAAAGUCAGCCGCACAUUCAGCUUUAUAAAGAGCCGAAUGUAUAGCACUCGCAACAAGAACAAGGGGAAAGGAAAAGAGAGAGAGACCAAAGACAAGCAGGUCAAUGGACACCAGUUCACAGCAGGAUCUGUCCUGGGGUCGACACUUUGUGAGAUCUGCGGCAAGCCAGCUUCGGGGAAAGAGGUCCUCCACUGCGCAUACUGUGCGGUGAGUGUCCAUAAGGGCUGUAAGGACACAUCAAUGCCAUGCCUGAAGAAACCUCAAGACAAAUAUUCUGUUAUGACGGUAAAAUGCAGGACAGCCUCCCUCCCUCAGAAUUUUAUAGUGCGUGAAAGUUCCUCCUCGUCCUCUCAGAUCCCCACCUCUGCCUCUCUUCCUUUGAUGACAUCACGAGACUCUACUCCCCUUCCUUGCCCUCUGUCUAGAAGUGUGCCUGCAGUCACAGAAAGGAUUAGUGGUAGCCCAGAAGCAGAUAGUGACACCCCCCUGUGGCGGAACCACAUCCAACCAGAGGAGCUCUUCCAAACCAUGGAGUCCUCAACAUCCACUGAUUCCUCCCUUAUUGAAGACUCUGUAGAUUCCCCCCUACAGAAUGAGCUGGUAAUGAAUGCUGUGGAUUUGGAGGCGGAGUCAUGGAGCCUAGCGGUGGAGCCCCAGUUCUGUAAGGUGCAAGAAAAACGCAUCAUCAAGAGACAGGAUGUCAUUUACGAGUUCAUGCAGACCGAGCUCCACCACGUACAGACGCUCAUGAUAAUGGCAGAGGUCUUCAGGCGGGGAAUGCGGGAGGAAGUCGGGCUGGAUGUGGACACUAUUGGUCGGAUUUUCCCUUGCUUAGAUGAGCUGCUUCUCCUCCACCGUGACUUCCUGUCAGCGAUGAGGGAACGGCGGCAAAGCUGCAUUCAGCCCAACAGCAGCAAGAACUACCUCAUCCACCGUGUGGGUGACAUUUUUCUGCAACAGUUCUCCCAGGAGAAUGCAGAGAAGAUGAAGCAGGUGUAUGGCGAGUUUUGCAGUCGUCACACAGAAGCGGUCAGCUACUUCAAAGAGCUUCAGCAGCAGAAUAAGAGAUUUCAGCUCUUCAUCAAACAACAGAGUAGCAACUCGUUGGUAAAGAGGCGAGAAAUCCCAGAAUGCAUUUUGUUAGUGACGCAGCGAAUUACAAAGUAUCCCGUCCUCCUGGAAAGAAUACUGCAUUAUACAGAGGAGGGCACAGAAGAGCAUGCUGACCUGUCUCGUGCACUAGUCCUGAUCCGAGAGCUGAUCUCCGCUGUGGACCAGUGUGUGAGUCAGUACGAGCAGAACCAGAAGCUGAGUGAGGUCCUGGGCCGCAUGGAGAACAAGUGCUCGACUAAACUCAAGAGCGGUUACACCUUCCGCAAGCAGGACAUCAGCAAUGGCAGGGCUCUGCUGCACCAGGGGCCACUGCUCUGGAAGACGGCCACAGGAAGACUGAAAGAUGUUCUGGCAUUUUUGCUGUCUGAUUCAUUGGUGUUCCUUCAGGAGAAAGAUCAGAAAUACAUCUUUGCUGCUGUGGACCAGAAGCCUCCAGUGAUCUCUCUCCAGAAGCUGAUCGUGCGUGAGGUGGCCAAUGAGGAGAGAGGCAUGUUUCUGAUCAGUGCAUCUUCAGCUGGGCCUGAGAUGUAUGAGGUACACGCUGCUUCUAAAGAUGAACGCAAUGCUUGGAUGAGACUCAUCAGAGAGGCUGUGGAGAGUUGCCCUGAAGAGGAGGAUGAAACUACAAGUGAGUCAGAAGAGGAAAGGAGAGUCACGGAAGCAAAGGUCCAAAAGAUCCACAGGCUACAAGAGUCUUUGUGUGGCCACGAUCACCUCAUCUGUGCCAAUCUGGAGGAGAAGCUACACAUCUAUGCCGAGCUGUCAGUCAUGGCAGGACGACGUGAGACAGGACCAGAGCCCAGACUGCUGGUACGGCCCAGCACUGAAGACAUCCCUCAGGCCGGAGUACUGCUCAGUGCUGCUCUUAAAGAGGCGGAGAACCUGAAAGCAGCCCUCUCUUCUCACUGUGCUUCUACUGCCGCUGUCCCAUCUUGUCCAGAAGAGCAGACCCAACCCGAGCCUUGCUCUCCCUCCUCCCCUCUGCCCCCUGAGAACCAGAGUCCACUGAUGGACCCCCUCCAGAGGGAUGAGGAAGAGUGGGGAGGAGAGGAAGGCUUAGAAACACAGGCCUUUAAUCACAGCUCAGACGCUGAUCACAAUAUACACCUAAAGGUGAGUCAGAGUGUGCAGAGCUUGACUCAGCUGCUAUACAGUCUACAGGCCACAGUCACCAUCCAAGACAGUUGCUAUGAAGUCCAGAGGCUCCUCCUCCUCCUGUUAUCAAGCCCCUCCCCUCACCCACACUCCCGCCCACUGCCCAUCACUCGCAGCAACCAGACCCUGCAGGAGCAGGAGCGCCAGCGGGAGGCGGAGCGCCGGCGAGAGGAGCUGGCGGAUGUGGCCCGUCUACGGGGCACCCUUGUACGAGAGAGGCAGCAGUGGGAACGGGAAUGCCAGGUGCGACAGCUUCAUCAGUCUGAGCUAGAGGCGUCACUGGAGCAGAGGGAACUGGUGUGCCACCUAGAGGAGCGGAGGCUGCAGAGCGAGCGACAGGAGCUCCAAGAGCAGCUGCAGGAGUACCAGCAAAGCCUGGAGAGGCUGCGAGAAGGCCAGAGGACUGUGGAAAAGGAGAAGGAGAAGCUGGAUGCUCAGCGGAGGCUGCUGGAGAGUUUGCAGCAGGGCUACCAGCAGAACCUGCCAGCUAUGGUCAUACCAUUGGAUGGACAGCAGACACAGGACGCGGGUCACCAUCUACUGAGUGGUCAGGAUGAGCGUGGAUCCAUUUUUGUGAACGAGGCAGCAUUUAUGUCUCCCUCUCUGAACAACAGGCACAUUCACCUUCAACAUCACUCACAUCAUCAUCAUCAGACUGUCCACCUGCACUCAGGAUACUCAGAUUCUCCCAGUGCUCAGAACAGUCUCAAUUCACUCCUGGCACGAUCCAACCACAGACAGAGCUCUGCUGGAGUAUCUGAUGCUCCUGCAGGGCAUGAGAGCUGGACUGGAGGAACAAUGUACUCUACCCCUCGGAGAAGGCUAACAGAGAUCCCAAACAAUGAUGUGGGUCCGCUCGACCAUGUCCAAGAAUCUUGGUCAGCUGGCGUAACAGGGGCAGGGCUUCAUCAAGCCGACGUCCUGCUCGUCAACCAGCCCUUGGUUACCAUGGAGACAGAGAACAGAGAUACUGAUGGAGAGGAGAAUAUUGUGUAUCUCUGAAAUGAACAAAAAAUCUUUGGUUGGUGUUGAAACAAAACAUUUGGACUUGGAUUUGCAAUUUGAGAUUUGGACCAGGAUCUGAUCCCACUCCUUAUUUUGUGUUUUUUGAUUCUUCCUUUAAUCUUAGCAAACUUUCUGCCUUCUGUGACAUUCUCCAGACUUCGUAGCACUUACUUUGGUUCAUGUGUGAGAUGGGGCUUGUCUGAGUGGCUGUAUUUUGCUUUAUAGCCUGGAGCCUGCAAUGACAGAAUCAGGUUAGGCAGUUUCAGCACACGUUCAGGCGCACCCACAAAAGUCCCCCACCCACAUUGCCACACAAUGUAUUUUUCUACAACUGUCCAUGUCAGUUUACAUCAGGACACAAAAAUACUGACCCUUUCUUUCAGGAGAUGAACGAUGACUUGGUUUAUAAAAGCAUUCACCGCCUACUACAUGAGUCAGGGUUAUGUGUGCAUGUUAGAGUAAGGAAUCAAAUUGCCACCUUUCAGAUUCGAUCUCUCACAUUUGGAAACUGGUUUCACAUGUCCAUAUGGAGGAGAAUGUGUAAUAUGUGUCAUGCUUUACUCUUCUGAAACAGUUCAGAUUCAUUGGUGCUCACAAGCCAUUGCCUAUAAUGCCACAUGUGCAGCAAACGUCUAAAAAGAGUCUCAUCAUCAUUGGGAUUACAAACUGGCAUUCAAAUAUAUUUCUUGAUACUUUUAGGUCAUUAUGUUGCCGUAUCGUCCGGCUUUGUUUAUGCAUUUUGCAUAUUGUUGGUUACAUAAAUUAGCAUAAAUUCAGGCUUUCUGUUAUUUCAGUCACAAACAAAAAAGUCCCAAUUAAAAUUCAAGCCAUAAUUGUUGACUGUAGACCAGUAUUAGGUGUGAAUACUGUUUGUACUCGAGUUAAAGUGACAAGAAUUCAGCGUGUAUUUGCUUUUUAAAUUGCUAUUUGCUCUAUUGAAAAACACGUUUCACUGCGCAUGAGAACACUUGCUAUUCUUUUUGUUUCUUCCAAUGCAUAAACCUUAUUUAUUGUUAAAAAUGGUAAGGAAUCAUUUUAUGUACAUAGAGCAUGUUUUGUAUAAUUGUUGUAUGUAGACAGGUGUAUAUGUAGUAAAUGUU